AUGUUAUCUAUACAGACCAACUUGCUUAAAAAGCAAUCUUGCAUAUUUGUUAGAUCCUUGGCAACAGCCACUGCUGCCACACCGGGACCUACUCCCGUGUCCAGAAGAAGACCAACCAAAUUCUCAGAUAAACUCAAUAAAGGACCAUCCUUUGAUGAUUUCGUGAGCGGGAAAGCCCAGGACAUGCUUGAAGACCCAUUGGAAGCUGCACGUAAAGAUCCCAACCAAAGAUUACCUAGCUGGUUAAAAGUGCCCAUUCCCAAGGGUAAAUCGUUCCACAAUGUCAAAAACGACGUGCGAGAAUUGAAAUUAGCCACCGUGUGUGAAGAAGCUAAAUGUCCUAAUAUCGGUGAAUGUUGGGGUGGUAAGAAGUCAGAAGCUACUGCUACAAUUAUGCUUAUGGGGGAUACAUGUACCAGAGGGUGUCGUUUCUGUAGUGUCAAGACAAACAGAGCGCCAGCUCCUCCUGAUCCAAAGGAACCGGAAAACACCGCCGAGGCAAUCAGUAGAUGGGGGUUGGGGUACGUUGUAUUGACCACUGUCGAUAGAGACGAUUUAAUAGAUGGUGGUGCCAACCAUUUGGCGGAAACUGUGAGGAAGAUUAAACAAAAGGCACCACAAAUUCUUGUGGAAGUCUUGAGUGGUGAUUUCAGAGGGGAUUUGGAUAUGGUUAACAUAUUGGCUACUUCAGGUUUGGAUGUGUACGCCCAUAACUUGGAAACUGUCGAAGAUUUGACUCCUCAUGUCAGAGAUCGUCGUGCUACAUACCGUCAGUCAUUGGCCGUAUUGGAAAGAGCCAAACAAGCUAAACCUACGUUGGUGACGAAAACCUCAUUGAUGCUUGGGUUUGGUGAAACUGACGACCAGGUUAUGAGAACCUUGAAGGAUUUGCGUUCAGUCGGAUGUGAUGUGGUGACAUUUGGUCAGUACAUGAGACCAACCAAGAGACACAUGAAGGUGGUUGAGUAUGUCACUCCUGAGAAGUUUGAUUAUUGGAGAGAUGUUGCUUUGGAAAUGGGAUUCCUUUAUGUUGCUAGUGGACCAUUGGUGAGAUCUUCAUACAAGGCUGGAGAAGCAUUUAUUGAGAAUGUCAUUAAAAAGAGAAGACACAAUGUGGGAGAGGCGCCAAGAUUGGAACAAGAAAUAAAGCCAGCCCUUUUUAGUAAGGCAUAA